AUGGACGCUGUGACUAGUGAUUAUUCUUAUACAUUGGGGGCCGGUUCGGCUGGAGCGGUAAUCGCCAACAGAUUAUCAGAGGACGAUAAUGUUACAGUACUAUUACUUGAAGCGGGAGGUUCUGAACUUGACCAUAAUUACAUAAAAGUUCCAUUGGCUACACCUCUUCUACAGGAGACAGAUAUUGACUGGUCGUAUUAUACCAUUCCGCAAAAGGCAUCAUGUAAAGCAAUGAAAGAACAGAGAAGUUACUGGCCACGUGGCCGAGUAUUAGGUGGAACUAGCAGUAUAAAUCACAUGGUUUAUAUAAGAGGAAGUCGCCAUGACUAUGAUCAAUGGGAAAAAGAGGGUGUUGUUGGAUGGGGUUAUACAGAUGUUCUUCCAUACUUCCUGAAAAUAGAAGAUAUGAAAAUUGUUCAACUGUCUAAUUCUACUUACCAUUCUACUGGUGGAUAUCUACCAAUAACCGAAUCCAAAGUAACAACUCUGUCAAAUUUUUACCAACGGGCAGCAGAGGAACUGGGUUACAAAGCUGUAGACCAAAACGGAGAGGACAUGAUUGGUUUUUCGUAUGUUCAGUCAAACAUUUUUGGAGGUGAACGGUUUAGCACUUCUACAGCAUAUAUAAGACCGAUUAUAAACAGAUUAAACCUACAUAUCAGUACCAACUCUUUCGUUACAAAGAUAUUGAUAACCAAUAAAACCGCACGUGGCAUAGAAAUGAUAAAGAACGGACAAAAGAGGACAUUGUUGGCACGUAAAGAAGUAAUAUUGUCAGCUGGUGCUGUAAACUCACCACAACUGCUAAUGCUUUCUGGUAUAGGACCUAGAGAACACCUGGUAGAACACAAGAUAGAAGUUCAUGCAGAUUUACCUGUUGGUGAGAACAUGGAAGAUCACCCAAUGUUUUUCAUGAAGUACAACACAAAGGAAGAUCUGAGUGUUUCUGUAAAGUCUACACAGAGUUGGUGGAAUAUGUUACAGUAUUAUCUAACCAGGGGAGGGAUAUUUUCUUUUUCUGGCAUGGAAGCAAUGAUAUUUGAUAAAAGCAGAGUCAAAGACACGCAUACAUUAUAUCCCGACUACCAACUUAUGUUCUUCAGCAUUGCAUUAGACAAAGCCUCUCUAGAAAAUGGUUUGCCACUUAAUUAUAACAAUUCUGUAGUAAAGCUAGCACAGACGAGGGCAUUCAGCAAUGAGUUUACUAUCACUCAAAUUUUAUUGCAUCCAAAUAGUACUGGCAGCAUUAAAUUGAAAAGUAAAGACCCGUUUGUUCAUCCAGUAAUCGAUCCGAACUACCUGAGUAAUCACCAUGAUAUAGAUAUUUUUAUUGAAGCAAUACGAAAAACACAAGAACUUGCAAAGUCAAAGGCGUUAAGGGAAUUAGAUGCAACCUUGAAUAGAGUAGAUUUUCCAGGCAUUUGUGAUGAAGAAGAGUUUGACAGCGACACCUAUUGGGAAUGCCUUAUCCGUCAUUAUGCCGUGACGGUAUAUCAUCCGUCAUGUACAUGUCGUAUGGGCGACAAAGAUGAUCCAACCGCCGUUGUGGAUUCAAAACUAAGGGUGAAAGGAAUUGCAAACUUAAGAGUUGCUGACGCGUCAGUGAUGCGGCACGUGACAUCUGGAAAUACGAAUUCUCCUUCAAUUAUGAUCGGUGAAAAGGCUGCUGACCUUAUACGUGGGAAAGAUACAGUCAUAACAUUCAGGAAACAAAUAAAACAUUUGAAACCCUAGAAGAAUAAUAAUAUAAAAUGACAUCAAUCACCCAGCAAAUUUGAUAGGUAUCUGAUUGUAUGGAAUUAACGAUACCGCUCAAACAGGAAAAACGUAAACACCAAAUUGUCUAUCUCAAGUGUUUUUAUUUAUUUUGUUCUUAGACGUUUCAUUGUAUAAAGAUUAAGAAUAAUUGUCGCCGGAUAAUC